AUGGAAGGGCAAGGGUCUCCUAACGAAGUUGGUCAAAGCUGCUAUGAUGGGUCUCCCAUCGGUGUUUGUCAGGUCGACAGUGACGCCAAAACAAGGCAUGCCAAAGAUCAGACAAUAGGACAAAAUGCCAACUUGAAUAAUGCUCAUGAGGAACCUUACAACUUAGGCUUCACGUGUGGAGACUGUGGAUAUAGGACGGCUUACAGGUCUCAAUUAUCUCAACAUAUGAGGUCCCAUACAGGAGAAAAACCAUACAGGUGUGACCAGUGCGACUAUUCCGCAGCACAAAAAUCAUCCCUAGACUUUCAUCUAGUAAAACACGGCCGUGCGAGACCGUACACAUGUGGGGAGUGUGAUUACAGUACGGUUGUAAGGUCGCACUUAUCUCAGCAUAUGAGAAGGCAUACGGGAGACAAACCCUACAAGUGUGACCAGUGCGACUAUUCUGCAACACAGAAAUCUACCCUGGACGCCCAUUUAGUAAAGCACGGUCGCCAGAAACUACACAAGUGCGGGGAGUGUGGGUACAGUACGGCUGUGAGAUCUCACCUAUCCCGACAUAUGAAAACACAUACAGGAGAAAAACCCUUCAAAUGUGACCAGUGUGACUAUUCUGCCGCACAGAAAUGUCACUUGGACCGCCAUCUGCUACAACACACCGGUGAGAAACCCUACAUGUGUGGGGAGUGCGGGUACAGGACAACCCAACAAUCUAACUUAUCCCAACAUAUGAAAAACCAUACAGGAGAAAAACCCUACAGGUGUGACCAGUGUGACUAUUCUACUGCAUGGAAAUCUAACUUAGACCUUCAUUUGAUAAAACACACUAAUGUGAAACCCUACAUGUGUGGGGAGUGUGGGUACAGUACGGCGGUAAGGUCUGACUUAUCCAGACAUUUUAGAACUCAUACAGGAGAAAAGCCCUACAAGUGUGACCAGUGCGACUAUACUGCUGCCCAGAAAAGUACCUUGGAGCAACAUCUAGUAAAACACGCUGGUGAGAAACCCUACAUGUAUGGAGAAUGAUGACAUAGGACAGUUUAAAAAUCUCACUUAUCCCAACAUAUCUACCCAAAGUACACAAGGCAAUUUGCUCAGCAUUUUUUUCAUUUUGGUGUACAAAACUCGUGUUCCCUAUUGUAGUAAUUUGCUACCUCAACAGUAAUCUUGCACUCCAGUGAUAGUAUAUUUCCAGCAGACUCUAUUGAAGUACCGAAAAUGACAUAAUUGACGAUUUAACUAAGAAAA